AUGUUUAUUAUUUGGUUUAUUUAUCAAUUUUGGAUAUUCAUUCAAGGAACUUCAUUAGCUUUAUCAUUUACACGUGAUUUACGUAAUUUAACUAUUAUUUAUAAACCUAAUGCUUUCAUUUAUCACAUUUGUCAAACAUCACAUUCAAUUAAUUCUAAACGUAUACGUUGGCAUUAUGAAUCUUUACAUGAUUCAAAUAAUGAUAUAGAUACAUAUUGUAAACAUUUAUUUCAAAAUUUCGAUUGUUUUGACUUUUAUUAUGGACCAUCAAUAAGUGUAUUAGUUAUUAAAGAACCUGAUAUGUUUAUUGGAAAAUAUACAUGUCAAGUUAAUAUAAAUUCAACAUAUGAAAUAAAAUCUAUUGGUUGGAUUGAUGUUAAAUUACCUGUAAAUGAUAUCGAUGAAAAUGAACAAUCAAUGAAAAUUUAUAAUGAAAACGAAUUAGGAAAAUUAGCUAUGCAUUAUAAUGUACCAUUUAUUUUUGAUGCAAAUGAUUUAACAUCAUUUGGUAAACGAGUACAAUUAAAUGGUGUAUUUUAUACAGAAUGUAGAUCAAUAGAAAGUUUGUAUCCAAUUAAUUUUUUAUGGAUACAUUUACAGAAUACAUCGGAGAGAACGAAAAAAAUACGUUUUAUUCAACAUGAUGGAAAUCGAUUUAUUAUUCAAGAAAAUAAAUAUUCAAGUUCAUUGUUAAUAUCUUCAGUCGAUCAUUCCGAUGAUGGUGAUUAUGUUUGUAUAGCUUCAAAUGAUUUUGGUCGAUCAUUUUCUAGUAGACGUUCAUUAAUUGUCACUGGUAAGAAUUAA